AGUCACCGUCAUCACUUACCCAUGACUUCAGUUCAAAGGGGUAGCUUCUGGCAACAUUCCUCCUCGUAUGUAGUCGACGAAGUCCUAAUAAAGAAGCUCCUCCUUAGCCAUGAUCCGGAUCGCCGUCGCCUCAAUUCUGAGAUGCUUCUAUCUGCGGUGGAGAACAUCAUGUUUUAUGCCACUACAUCAGAAGAACCAGUUUCUGAUGAAUCUGAUAAAGCAAAUUUAAAGAGUAACAUUGGUAACAUUGAAUUGAUUGAAUCACCAGAACCACUGAUGCAUACAAUUUAUAAAGUUGCACAUGAGAUGCUUUGCAAGUGCCCUGGUAAAGGCGAUCUUCAUACGAGAACGAUGGCGUUGUUCGAUUUGCUGGGAAGUCAUAGAUGGGACGCAAAAGUGGCAUUAGCAAUGGCGGCUUUUGCAACAAGCUAUGGUGAAUUUAGCCUCAUAAUGCAGCUACGCCCUCAUAUCCCCUUGGCAGUAUCAGUUGCAAACUUUAAACAACUUCCUAGUAACAUGAGAAUGUUGAAACCUCAAUUGAAUGCGUUAAGAUUGCUUUUUAAGACAAUGGUGGAUUUGACAAAGUGCGUCAUCGAGUUUGAAGCUCUGUACAUUGUACAUGUAGGACUCAAUAUCGACAACCUAGCUACGAUGAAGUCCAAAAUAUACGUUACAGCUUACUGGAUCAUUAGAAGUACCUUGGUCUGCUCUUCCCAAAUCACAAGCCUGAUGGCCAUGAAACCUGAGCAAGUGUAUUCGAAUAUAAAAAAAGCGGCGUUGGAGCUCUUGAGUUUGGAAUAUAUGUUGAGCAACAUGUACCGUCACCUUAGGCCGCUGGUGGACGCUUGUUGUCAACAAAGAGAGGACCAGCUGAACCAGAAGCUACUGAACUUUUUUAAGAAGUCCCAUAUCGACAAUCAAGAAGUGCUUCGGAUGUUGUUCGCUUUAAAAGAUGACUUGCCACUCAAGGAUGAUUUGACAUAAGAUAGGUUAGGUGUUUCUGAACUGGAAAGCAAGGUUGCCCUACUUUUGAUUUCCAAGCCAGAUCUUCUUCCAUUAGAGCAGUUGUUUUUAGUGAACCAAACAUAUGAUCAUCCUCACAGAGAAAAAGUAGAAGGAAGUUAUGCCAUUAUAUGGGUUCCCAUUUCGUCUUCCGAAGUAUGGACCAAUGCUGAUGAGAGAUGGUUCAACUUUUUAUCGAACUCGGUGCCAUUUUACUCGGUUCGAAAACCUUGGUCUCUAAACUCUACAGUGAUAAACUUCAUGAAACAAGAAUGGAACUAUAGAGGUGAAGCCAUUAUGGUAGUUUUGGAUUCGGAAGGGACGAUCACAAGCUCGAAUGCGCUCGAUAUGGUAUUCAUAUGGGGUCCUAGAGCAUACCCUUUUUCGCUUUCAAGAGAAAAUGAGCUUUGGGAUGGGCAGCAAUGGACAAUACAAUUCAUAACAAAUGAAAUUCUCCCCAUUCUCACACAACGGGUUGAAGAAGGGAGAAACAUUUGCUUAUAUGGAAGUGAAAACUUAGAUUGGAUUAAAGAAUUUAAUGCCAAAAUGAAAGAUAUAAAAGAUGCAGGUAUGCAGCUUGCCAUGAUAUAUGUAGGUAAAAAUAACCCUGAUGAACAUAUAAAAGAGAUUUUGAGCUUUAUCAAUGGAGAAAUACAAAGCAACAUACUCUCAUUCACAAAGAUAGAGUUGUUUUGGCUUCGGUUAGAAUGUAUGAGACGAUCGAAAUCCCGACUCGGGAACGAUGGCAGUACUGAACCUACUGAUCAUGUUCUGGUUGAGGUCUUAGCUCUGCUGCAUAACAUUGAUACCAAUGGCUGGGCAGUGUUUGGGAAGGGAUCGUCAACAGAUGUCGUAAAGGUUAGAGGGGACGAAAUCAUUCGAUGCUCGAACCUGUUCCGACAGUGGGGUGACAAUGUGGCACGGUUGGAGUUCAUAGAUGCUCUUAGAACUGUCCUUGAACCUCCUCUCGUUGAAGGGCCAUGCGAUCACACACAGGUUGUUCCUUAUUCUGAAGGGUUGAGGCAAGGAAACAUCGUGUGCCACAAAUGCAAGCGGCUUAUGAAGAAGUUCAUUGUCUUUGAAUAAAUUGUAACAAUUUUCGAAGUGUGAAAUCUUAGUGAAAAUUUUCUGGCUGAAAUAACUUUAAUUGUUGGAAGGACUGAUUGUAUUAGCAAUUUAAUCGGCA